AAACAUUAACAGGUUCCGCCCCUGUAACUUUCCCCUUGUUAACUUUGAACAGCUCUCCUAACACCAAGCCUCGGCUCUGGGUCCUGUCCUGUCUGUGUCCUGGGUCCUGUCCUGUCUGUGUCCUGGGUCUUGUCCUGCCUUGUCCUCUAUCUUGUCGUCGGUGCCAUGGCUCUCAUUUCCACUCUGACACCGGUCUUUGUGGCCAUCCUGUGCGUGGUCGUCGCCUUUAUCUUGAAAACGAAGCGCAGGUCGGAGUCUCCGUCUGCUCAGAAGUCCUCCGGCGGCGUCGGAAAACGAACAGAAGACCGGCCGUGGGUGGAUGAGGACCUGCAGGACGACACCGAAAUCACUGGACCGGAAAAUGAGGAAAAUGAUUGGGCAGAGACAGGGACAGAAGACCUCCCCCACAUUCCGUACACUCCUUGUCGAUACCCUGAGGAAGAAAUGCUGGAGCGGUCCAAACACUUUUAUGCUCUUUUGAACAAGCGCCGGUCGGUGCGCUUCAUCAGCCCAGAACCCGUCCCUCGAGAGGUGAUCGAUAAUGUGAUACGUGCUGCAGGUACGGCUCCAAGUGGUGCUCACACCGAGCCCUGGACAUUUGUGGUGGUGGCCGAUGAUGAGACGAAACACAAAAUCCGAGAGAUCGUAGAACAGGAGGAAGAGAUUAACUACAAACAGAGAAUGGGCGAUAAAUGGGUUCAUGACCUGCGAAGACUUCGGACUAACUGGGUGAAGGAUUAUCUCGACAUGGCGCCGUACCUGAUCCUAGUCUUCAAGCAAACCUACGGAAUAAUGCCAGAUGGGAAGAAAAAGACUCACUACUACAACGAGAUUAGCGUGUCCAUCUCAUGUGGCCUCUUGCUGGCAGCUCUGCAGAAUGUGGGUCUGGUGACGGUGACCUCCACACCUUUAAACUGUGGUCCACAACUCCGGGUUCUCCUUCGCCGGCCAGCCAAUGAGAAGCUUCUCAUGUUGCUUCCUGUUGGUUACGCAGCUACAGAUGCCACCGUACCUGAUCUGACACGCAAGAAGCUGGAGGACAUCAUGGCUUUUGUGUGACGGCAUUAAACAUCCACCUGUCUUUCUGUCUAUAAUGUGACUGAAAACUGUCAAGCAUGACACGAGCACUUCCUUCCUUUAAACAAAAAUUAUAAUCUGGGAUAGAAAAUGCAGACCUGAUGCUACACCUCCGUACUGGUUUUUAGUUUAAGGUCGUAAUUAAAAGUAUUUUUGUAACUCGCACACAAUUUCUGAAUCUUGUUGUACAUGCAUUUGUAUUUAAAUCUUAUAGUUGUAUAUAUAGUUGCUGUGUGUGUGUGUGUGUGUGUGUGUGUGUGUGUGUGUGUGUGUGUGUGUGUGUGUGUGUGUGUGUUUUUUAAAGGAGCGAUUUGGAGUAAUUGCAGUACAAUAUAAUAAGCUUUUAAUCUUUAUCUUCUAAAUUUUCAUGCUAUGUGACAUUGAGGUAUAGAAGCCAUACACAAAAUGACCAUGUUCCAAUGACUAUGUAACCCAAUAUAAUUGACAUUUGAUUAAAUUUUAUUUUAAUUACA